AUGCAGUCAAAGUCAAAUAUUAGUUAUCAGCCAGGUGAUUUAAUUUUUGGAAAGGUCAAAGGCUAUCCUCCAUGGCCUGCCAGGAUUAACAAGGUAGCAGAUGAUGUUGUAGUGCCUAAGGGAAAAUAUCCUAUUUUUUUUUAUGGAACUUAUGAAACAUGUUUCUUGUCUGCGAAAGACAUUUUCUCCUAUGAAAAGUUCAAAGGCAAGUAUGGAAAACCUCAGAAGAGAAAGGGUUUUAACGAAGGACUAUACGAAAUCGAAAACAAUCCACUUAUAAAGUCUUCUGGAAUUGUACGAGAUAUUAUCCAGAUUUUGCUUAUUGUCAUUUUAUGA